AUGGCAAGUUUAAGAAGUAGAGGAGAAAUUAUCUUAGCAACUGCAUCAUCUGGUAUAGCUGCAACAUUGUUACCCGGUGGUAGGACUGCACACUCUCGAUUUAAGAUCCCUAUUGAUAUUCAACCGAGUUCCAUUUGUGGUAUUGAAAAGCAAAAGGAUCUUGCAAAUCUCAUUAGAGUUGCUGCCACAAUCAUUUGGGAUGAAGCACCAAUGACAAACAAAAAUUGUUUGGAAGCCUUGGAUCGAUCAUUACAAGACAUUUGUAGCAACAAUGCUCCAUUUGGUGGAAAAGUUCUGAUCAGGGGGGGGGCGGAUUUUCGUCAAGUUCUUCCUGUUGUAAGAAAAGGUACUAAGGCACAAAUGAUUUCAGCGUGUAUUGUUCAGUCUCAUUUAUGGAAUCAUACCAAGAUUUUGCGUUUGCGUCAAAAUAUGCGAUCAUUGCAUGAUCAAGAGUUUGCAGAAUUUCUUAUUCGCAUUGGUGAUGGUGUUGAACCUACCAAACCAGAUGACAUGGUGAGGUUACCUUUACAUAUUGCAAUCCCAUGGGAAGGUGAACAUUCCAUACAGGUACUUAUCCAACAUAUUUUUCCUAAUUUAGAAUUGCAUGGUUGGGAUGCCCCAUAUAUGGUACAAAGAGCUAUUUUGACACCAACAAAUGAUGAUGUCCAGAAAUUGAAUGAUAUGAUUAUCGAUCAGUUUCCAGGAGAAGAACAUAAUUUGUUAUCGUGUGAAGAGGUUGAAGGAGAUAAUCAUAAUUUAUACCAGCAAGAAUUCUUAAACUCAAUUGCACAAGCCAAACUAGAACACGAUGAAAUCUUUCAAUUAUGUAAGGAGUUGAGACGAAAGAAUGUUGAAACUUGCUUCAACAUGAAAAUAACAGACUUUGAAGAUAAAUGGAACACAUGGAAGGAUGAACAAAGUAUUUCAUCCAUCGACAAACUCGACAAUAAAUUUUUUAAAUCUCAAGAGCGCAUUGAUAAAGGGAUGUACGAAGAAUUGAUUCGAAUCUUUAUAAGAGAAAAAGAAAAUACUUCGAAUAGAGAUUUCAUGUUCGGCAUUCCUUUUAAAGAACGUCAUUGA